CAAAGCCAGUCGGCUGAGAGAGAGAGAGGAGAGAAAUGGCGAGUCUGCUUCGAGUUUGCAGAAAAGCCCUAACCUCCACGGCCACGGCUCAGCCGCUUCUCCGGAGGGGUUACGCCGUCGAAUCCGCGGCAGCGAUACGAGAAUCUCCGGAUCGAGUGAAAUGGGACUACAGAGGACAGAGAAGGAUAAUUCCACUGGGGCAGUGGCUCCCGAAGAUCGCCGUCGACGCCUACGUGGCUCCCAACGUCGUUCUCGCCGGCCAGGUCACCGUAGGGGACGGAUCGUCCGUUUGGAACGGCUCCGUUCUUCGCGGCGAUCUCAACAAGAUCACCAUUGGGUUUUGCUGUAAUAUUCAGGAGAGGUGUGUUAUCCACGCUGCUUGGAAUUCUCCUACAGGAUUACCAGCACACACAUUCAUCGAGAGGUACGUGACAGUUGGUGCAUACAGUCUGUUGCGGUCUUGCACGAUCGAACCUGAGUGCAUUAUUGGGCAACACUCCAUCCUUAUGGAAGGUUCUUUGAUGGAGACCCACUCUAUCCUUGAAGCUGGAUCUGUUCUUCCCCCAGGAAGAAGAAUACCGACGGGUGAACUAUGGGCUGGGAACCCAGCAAGGUUUGUCCGAACUCUGACCCAUGAAGAGACCCUAGAGAUCCCUAAACUUGCUGUCGCUAUCAACGACCUGAGCACAAGCCAUUUCUCAGAGUUCCUCCCUUACUCAACAGCAUACCUGGAGGUCGAGAAGCUGAAGAAGUCCUUUGGGAUUUCAAUUUGAUGAUCUUUGAUACCAUGCUCUGUAUCUGUUAGUUUGUUUUUGUUCUCCUUAAAGGGAAAUAAUCAAAGUCUCCAAAGACUAGUAAAAAGCUUUGGUGAUCCUUGUCUUUUUAUUUGAUUUUGAAGCCCAGCAGAAGAACUGGAUUAUACUGGUGUCUAGCGAGACUCAAGGAAUUUGCAGAGUGAUUUGUAUUGAAGCUCUAUUGAGGCUCUGAAUGCUGAUAAUGUUAAUUUAAGUAACUUGAGUUACCACUUA